AUGAAAAACCUCUCUUCUAAGUCCAAUACCCCCUCCGUGGCCUUUGUGACCCAAUGGAACAGCGCCAAUGCCUCCAAGAAACACACUACACCUAAUUAUCAUUUCGUUGACAGCGAGAAGCGGGAAUUUUCAGAAUUAUCUUACUCUAUCGAGAAGGCUGUCACGAAAUCAACCCCUUCUACUGCUAUAAAGGUUGUCUCUGUGUCUGUUACUGCCCAAGACGAGCAUGCAGCAUACGAACUGUCUGAUCCCGAAGACUGGAGCGAUGCUGACGAUGACGACAAUCAUGUUGAUCGUCAGAGCUGGUUUUACAGACCCGCACCCAUCAUGAUCCCUGUUUACAAGCCUCUCUAUGUUCCGUCUGUGUCUUUUGAGGAGCAUCUGGAGAUCAUUCGAAAAGGACAUACCCAGCGGUACACUCCCUACCACAAGACAUGUUACUACAAGAAGAAGACCGAUAAUUAA